AGCCGCGGAGCGCGGAGACUUCUGCAAUUCACGAGGAUAUUUUGAGCGGUGGACAUCUGGUCAACCGCAAAGUAAAGUCGCGAUGGGAAAAUUACUGGGGAAGUUGAAAAUGAAAACACAAAAGACACAUGCCAUAUUAUUUCAUUAGAAAGUUAGCCAAAUAUUUUCGACGAAGAAUCCUCCCACACGGGUUUCUCUCUUUCGUGGAAAGCAAAAAGCAUGUGGGAAGGUUACAUUAUUUUGGAUUUUGAAGAAGAUAGGAUGAGUUCGAAAUCGACAUACAGAUGAAGAAAAAUUUUCCCAAAAAUUUAAAGCGAAAUGGCCACUUUUCCCAAUUUGAAAGGAAAUAAUUCCUGCCAAAGAUUCCACGUAUAUGUCCUUGUAAUGGGCUUUCAAACAUGGUCGGAAUUUUAAUUCGUAUCAGAUUGACUUAGGCCACAAAGACCGUAUCCUAGAACAGGUUGUUCAACCAUUGUUUUACUGAAUAAAAAGAUAUCACGCAGAUCAUUGUUGCGGACCUGUUGGAUUGUUUCCCAGCUUUUGUUUUUAUCACAAAAGCACCAUAUGUAGAUAAUUUGUCUAUAAAACGUCUUCGUUCGUCAUUCAACUUUCACUAUUUCUGGUGGUGUAAUAAACCUAGUCACGUACUUUCCGGAUGAUCGAGAUUUAAUUUCUAUUUAUCUAAGAAGAUGGUUGACGAAGGUGCGACUGUUGUCCAUCUGAAAGAUGGUGAAAGAUCAGACACACUACUGAAAGACGACGAUGAUAACACUGAGCUAGAUGAUCAGCUGGAGAAAGCUAUAACAGAAGCUGAAAGUCGAGAAGCAUGGGGAAGUAAAACUGAGUUUCUGCUUGCUUCAAUUGGGUUGGCAGUUGGAGUUGGAAAUGUUUGGAGAUUUCCAUAUUUAGCUCAAAAACAUGGCGGAGGUGCUUUCCUUAUACCGUAUUUCACUAUGAUGAUUAUUGAAGGAAUUCCACUGUUUGUUAUGGAAUAUGCACUUGGGCAAAGAAUGAAGCAAAGUGCUGUACGAGUAUGGAAUAAUGUUCACCCGGCAUUUUUUGGUGUUGGCAUAGGCUGUUUGAUGGUGUCAUUUGCCAUGUGUCUUUACUACAUUGUCAUUAUAACAUGGUGUGUCUAUUAUUUCUUCAUAUCAUUUACCUCAAACUUACCUUGGAAGAUAGAGAAUUGUCCUGGUUAUCCAGAAUACUCACUCCUAAAAAGGAAUCAUACUACAUGGCUUGCAAAAAAUCAAUCUGUUUAUUUGUACAAAAAUAUCACAGACACUAUCAAAGCAAAAAUUGACAACUUUCCAGAUUGCUGUGUUCAUAACCCCACAGAGUUUUAUUGGUAUCAAAGAGGAUUGACUGUUUCAACUAGUAUAGACACUGUUGGAGAUGGAAUCAACUGGAAACUUUUUGGGAGUUUGUUUGUUGGCUGGGUUAUAACAUAUCUCUGCGUCUUAAAAGGUGUCAAAUCAAGUGGAAAGGCUGUGUAUUUCACAGCAACUUUCCCAUACAUCAUCAUGUUUAUACUUUUCAUUCGUGGGGUGACCUUGGAAGGUGCUGGAGAUGGAAUCAAAGCUUUCUUCAAGCCGGAGUGGGAAAAAGUUUUGGAGCCAAGAGCUUGGAUGGAUGCCGCGACACAAAUGUUCUACAGCCUUAGCAUCGGCUUUGGUGCUUUGAUCGCCUUUUCCAGCUAUAUGCCAAGGAAAAACAAUUGCAAUCAUGAUGCCAUCACAGUGGUGCUCGCAAAUUGUGGAACAUCACUUUUCUCUGGCAUUGUUGUGUUUAGUUUCCUUGGUCACCGGCAACAUGUGACUGGUACAAAAGUAACUGAAAUCAGCCCUGGUCCAGGCCUUGCCUUCAUGACAUUUUGUGAAGCUUUUCUUCUCAUGGAUGUUUCUCCCCUGUGGGCCAUCCUGUUCUUCUUUAUGCUGAUUCUUCUUGGCAUUGACUCAGAAUUUGGAACCCUCGAAGGCGCUGUGGCUCCCUUGUAUGAUCUGAAAUGGGUUACUAUGCGAAAAGAGUACUUUAUGGGAAUCAUUGCGAUUGUUAUGUUCUUUCUUGAGCUGCCACUUGUUUGCGGGAAUGGAUUUUAUUUGUUCCAAAUAUUUGAUGAUUAUUCAGUGCCACUUCCAUUGCUGAUCAUUUCACUGUUCCAAGUGAUAGCAAUCGGCUGGGUCUAUGGAACUGACAGGCUGUCCAAUGACAUCGAGUACAUGGCGGGCAGUAGGCCUUUCUUCUUUUGGGUGCUUUGUUGGAAAUACAUUUCUCCAUUGGUCAUGUUCUUUGUUUUCAUCACGAGUGUCAUUCAAAUUGCCAAAGAAAAGCCAACGUAUUUGGUUUACGUUGGUUGUUUGCAAAAACCGUUCAGUUUGUUGUUUCCUGGAGCGGAUAACUCGACAACAAGAUUGACGUACCCCGCCUGGGGAGAAGUACUUGCAGUUGUUUUGGUGUUAGUAUCCGUGUUUCCAUUGCCAAUUUAUCUGGUGAAGAACUGGCCAAAGAACUGGCGCCAAGGAUUUCGCAAUGUCUUCCUUUCUGGGAAAGCCAAUUACUAUCCAGACCCUUCGUGGUGUGACAAGUCGAGAAGGAUUCCUCCAGAAGUCAUGGAAAAGAUAAUCAGGCAAGAAGACAUCGCCAUUAAAAAACUAGAGCUGCAACACGAGAGAUCUAAGCAAGAAAACACUAAAGUCUGAUGACAUUACACGACGUAUUUGAUCAAAGACAGUAGAUUGUAGACGAUUGUAGAGAAAUAAACAAAGAUUUCGAUGCGUUCACCUCUUAUGGGUUAUGGUUGAAUUAUGUUUGAUACAUCUAGUAUGCCAGUUUUGAAAAAGGCGAUUCCGCAUUCUUAAACGUGUUAUCGGACCGUCCAUCCCUCUGCCCCUCUGACCCAUACUCCUAUUUCAUCUUCUUUUCGCUGGCAUAUUUACUUAGAAAUAAAUGUUUAUGAUGCUCGAUGUCGCAAUCCCAUCGAAGAGAUUUUCGGUCCUUAUCAUGGUCUGAAACCGAUCUUAUCCCAACACCUGAAUCAUUUAUGAAUUCACACUUGGCAAUAAAGCUUUCUUGCUAGCGUUUUUAUUUGAAUGAUUGAAGUUUAGUUUUAAUCCCAAAAUUGUAAUAUAUACAGUGUGAUUAAUUUUAUUAUUUCUAUUUAUAUCAGUAAUUAAAGUCAUUUUUUCCUUCUUCAUUAGGUUUAUAUCUUUGUGCACUGUUUUAUCUUUUAUUUUAUUAAUAUUUGUUGGAAUAUUUUAUGCUCCUUUUCGCAGCAUUUAUGUCCCUCCAAUUGGAUGAUUAUCAUAAUUUAAAAAAGGCAGCCUCUGAACUGCCAGAUAUGUCGUAUAUGUUGGUCUUACUGACGUCACUGUAGUGUUGCAUUUCAAGGUAGCAAGUUCUGAAAGCAUUAGCAGUAUCCGUAGACUAAGUGGUAGCAUGAAAAUGUCCGUGAUAUUUUACUUUUUACUCUUUUAUAAUGAUGUUUUGUUCUCCAGAA